UCGCUCGCCUUCCGGCUGCUCGGCGCCUCGCCGCGGGCCGCUCGUCCCAGCUCCGGUGCCGCGGCCGCCCAGGCUCGGGCACCGUCCCCGGGCUCCCGUGCUCUGCGCGAAGCCCUGGCCCCGGUGGCCGGGGCAUGGGCCAGGGGCGCGGCGCGGAGCGGCUUCCCUCCGGGCGGUGAACUGCGCUGGCUCCAGCAUGAAGACCCUCAUCGCCGCCUACUCCGGGGUCCUGCGGGGCGAGCGCCGGGGCGGCGCGGCCCGGGGCGAGAGCCCGGCCGGAGGCGCCGACCUGUCCCCGGAGCGGUCCGGGAAAUGGGGUACUGGCUCCAGCAUCCUCUCUGCGCUCCAGGACCUCUUCUCCAUCAGCUGGCUCAACAGGUCCAAAGUGGAGAAGCAGCUACAGGUCAUCUCGGUCUUACAGUGGGUCCUGUCCUUCCUCGUACUCGGCGUGGCCUGCAGCCUCCUCCUCAUGUACACCUUCUGCACCGACUGCUGGCUCGUCGCGGUGCUCUACUUCACCUGGCUGGCCUUUGACUGGAACACGCCCAAGAAAGGCGGCAGGAGAUCGCAGUGGGUGCGGAACUGGGCUGUGUGGCGCUACUUUCGUGACUACUUUCCGAUCCAGCUGGUGAAGACCCACAACCUGGCCACCAGCAGAAACUACAUCUUUGGGUACCACCCUCAUGGCAUCAUGGGCCUGGGGGCCUUCUGCAACUUCAGCACAGAAGCCACCGAAGUGAGCAAGAAGUUCCCCGGCAUAAGGCCCUACCUGGCCACGCUGGCCGGCAACUUCCGGAUGCCCGUGCUGCGGGAGUACUUGAUGUCUGGAGGCAUCUGUCCUGUCAACCGGGACACCAUAGACUACCUGCUUUCAAAAAACGGGAGCGGCAACGCCAUCAUCAUCGUGGUGGGGGGCGCCGCCGAGUCCCUGAGCUCCAGGCCGGGCAAGAACGCCGUCACCCUGCGGAGCCGCAAGGGCUUCGUCAAGCUGGCCCUGCGCCACGGAGCUGACCUGGUUCCCACCUACUCCUUCGGGGAGAAUGAAGUGUACAAGCAGGUGAUCUUUGAGGAGGGCUCCUGGGGCCGCUGGGUCCAGAAGAAGUUCCAGAAGUAUAUUGGCUUUGCCCCAUGCAUCUUCCAUGGCCGGGGCCUCUUCUCCUCGGACACUUGGGGGCUGGUGCCCUACUCCAAGCCCAUCACCACCGUAGUGGGCGAGCCCAUCACGGUCCCCAAGCUGGAGCACCCGACCCAGCAGGACAUCGACCUGUACCACGCCAUGUACAUGGAGGCCCUGGUGAAGCUCUUCGACAGGCACAAGACCAAGUUCGGCCUCCCCGAGACGGAGGUCCUGGAGGUGAACUAGCCGAAGCCGCCCUUGAGACGUCAGCCCCCGGAAGGAAGCAGCCGGCAAAUUCGUUUUCUACUGAGUUCUCAAGUGCUUUUUGUUCUGUAAAUUUGGAAGCGUGAUGGGUGUCUGUGGGUUAUUUAAAAGAAAUUAUAAUUUGUUAAACCAUGA